GAGGAAGAAAGAAGAAGAUUUUGUUGAGGAGAAAUGUCUGAUUUUUGCAAAUAAUCCUAAAAUUGUGAUGCAAUUGCUGGGAAAGUGCAGGAAAUUGGCCUGCAGUCAGCUGCACAGGUUUGCAGUGAAAUCCCUGGUGGGUCAGGAUGUGCGAUCCCUUGCUACUGUCACGCAGAAUUUAGCCCAGAAUCCUCGUCUUUUGCCACGAAGAGAAGAAAAAGCCUUCCGGGAUGAAUUCAGAGCAAUGGUGGGACUCCUGGAGAGAUCCACAGGCAUUUCCCGGAAGGAUUUCAUGAGAUUUAUCCAUCAAAACAGCAGGAAUAGGCAGAAUGAGAAAAGUUCCGGAAGUGGUCAGGAGGGAGAUGGUCAGAAGAAGGGGAACAAUGACAAUGAGGAGAAGAUGAUGUCUGUGCUCAUGAAGACAGCCCUGUGGAUUGCAACAAUUUACAUUUUCAUCACAAUCCUCACAAUGGCAGCCCCGGGAAGGGAUCGUCCGGAAACGGGCACGAGGUACGUCUCCUGGAAUGAAUUUGUCCACCACAUGGUUGCCUCUGGGGAAGUGAAGGAGCUCAUUGUUCGGCCGGACUUGGAAAUGGUGACAAUUAUCCUGCACGAUGGGGCAAUUGUGAAGGGGCGCCGGGUGCUGAGUAAUGUCUUUCACAUGGCCAUUGCGGAUGCAGCAAAAUUCGAGGAGAAGCUGCGUGAUGUGGAGAAGCGUCUGGGCAUCAAGGAGGGCGUCACGGUGACGUAUGAUAGGAAUAGUGAGCUCGGAGGGAGACUCUUCUUCAUGUUUGUUGUUGCAAUGAUUGCGCUGAGCUUCCUGACCAGGAUGAAGGGCGUAAAAUCUCCCAUAAGCAUGGAUUCCUUCACCCAAAUGGGACGUGCAAAGUUCACCCUUAUUGAUCCUGUGAGUGAGGGCAAGGGGGUGCUGUUCAAGGACGUGGCAGGGCUGCAGGAGGCAAAGCAGGAAGUUGCGGAGUUUGUGGAUUACCUGAAGAAUCCCCAGAGGUAUCAAUCACUGGGUGCUAAAGUUCCCAAAGGUGCCCUCUUGCUGGGUCCUCCAGGCUGUGGUAAAACCCUCCUGGCCAAGGCGGUGGCCACUGAAUCCCAAGUUCCCUUCCUCAGUAUGAAUGGAUCGGAGUUCAUUGAGAUGAUUGGCGGUUUGGGAGCUGCCAGGGUGAGAGAUCUCUUCAAGGAGGGCAAGAAGCGUGCCCCAUGCAUCAUCUACAUCGAUGAGAUUGAUGCCAUUGGGAGGCAGAGAGCCGGAGCCGGUGGAAUGGGGCAAUUCAGCUCCGGAGAAUCCGAUCAAACUCUCAAUCAGCUUCUCGUUGAAAUGGAUGGGAUGGCUUCCAAGGAGGGAGUUCUCAUGCUAGCCAGCACAAAUCGAGCAGAUAUCCUCGAUAAGGCUCUCCUCCGUCCGGGACGCUUUGACAGGCACAUCCUCAUUGAUCUGCCCAAUCUCUCCGAGCGGAAAGAUAUCUUUGAGAAGCACCUGUCAGGGAUUAAGCUUCAACUGGCUCCGGAAAAGUAUUCCCAUCGUCUGGCCACACUCACUCCCGGCUUCUCAGGGGCAGACAUUGCGAAUGUCUGCAAUGAAGCUGCCCUCCAUGCUGCCCGGACAAAUCAACCACUCGUGGCUGAGAAGGAUCUCGAGUAUGCCGUAGAGCGUCUCGUGGGGGGCACAGAGAAGCGUUCGCACGCCCUCACGCCAACUGAGAGGCGCGUGAUUGCCUUCCACGAGUCCGGGCAUGCUCUCGUUGGGUGGCUCCUGCCCAAUUCAGAUGUCCUCCUCAAGGUAACAAUCGUCCCAAGGACAAGUCUGGCUCUGGGAUUCGCCCAGUACACCCCAAGUGAGCAGAAACUCUUCACAAAGGAACAGCUUUUCGAUAAGAUGUGCAUGGCGCUGGGAGGAAGAGUUGCUGAGCAUUUGAUCUUCAACAGGAUCACCACAGGAGCCCAAAAUGAUCUGGAGAAGGUGACAAAGAUCGCCCAUGCGCAGAUCACAAAAUUCGGGAUGAACGACAAAAUCGGGCCAAUGUGCAUCCCAGAGAAUGAGGAAGACAGCAUGGCCACGGAGAAGCCCUAUUCACGUAUGUUGGGCAACAUAAUUGAUGUUGAGGUGCGCAAUCUCGUUGCCAGUGCGUACAGUAAAACCGAAGAGAUUCUCCGAGAGAAUCGGGACUUGCUCACGAAGUUGGCUGAGACAUUGCUUGAGAAGGAGACGCUUAACUACGAUCAGGUUGUGGCUUUAAUUGGACCACCACGGUACGAAGCUGCCAAGAGGACAAUUGAGCCAGUGGAGUUUGAGGAUUCCCUGAAAAAUCUCUCAGCGAGUGAAAAAUAAAAUGUUUUUAGUGAGAAUGUUUUUGUAAAAAAAAAUAAUAGCGCGAUCAUUUAGUAAAAGACUAAAGCAAUAGA